GGGGGAGACAGGAAAGGGAGAUGAAACCAUUAUGAGUAGAGAGGGCUGAUGGAUGUACUCGAGCAACGACGAGUCUACCAGACAGAGUCAGACUUUAACUACAACACAGACGGCUACGAGGGAGACGGAGCGGAGGACGGCAAGUCUCAGGACGGCUCGGAGACUCUGCCCUUCAUAGAUGAGUCUCCCACCAUGUCGCCACAGUUGUGCGCACCCCAAGGGCCCGACGGAGAGGCCGUCUCCCCCACUCCACCAGAGAGCCUGCUGGCAGGGGGAGACAUAGAGAAAGGACUGGAGAUGAAGAAACUGGUGCUGUCUGGUUUCCUGGCCAGCGAGGAGAUCUAUAUAAACCAGCUGGAGGCCCUUCUACUGCCCAUGCGACCUCUGAAAGCAACAGCCACAAGCUCGCAGCCUGUCCUCACCAUCCAGCAGGUAGAAACCAUCUUCUACAAAAUCCAGGACAUCUUUGAAAUCCACAAGGAGUUCUACGAUGCCCUCCUACCCAACAUCCAGCAGUGGGACGAGAAGGUCACCGUGGGCCAUUUGUUCCAGAAGCUGGCCAGCCAGCUGGGAGUGUACAAGGCCUUUGUGGACAACUACAAGGUGGCACUAGAGACGGCAGAGAAAUGCAGCCAGGCCAACGUCCAGUUCCAUCAGAUCUCGGAGAACCUCAAAGUAAAAGGCCCUAAAGACUCCAAAGAUUGUACCACAAAUGUCUCAAUGGAAGCUGGCAGACCCUGCGUCCUCACUGUAGACCCCUGCAGUGUGGUGCUGUUCAAAGACUUUGCCCACGUGUCUAUCGCCUCCUUAUCAAAGAUGAUCUAUCUGUCCGUCGGCCAAGUCGUCAGGACGACCUUGAGAGAAGGACCAAUCAGAGUCGCCUCGCUGUGA